AUGAAAUACCUCUUGGGACCAUUCAUGAUUGGCCUUAUCAUACCAGAAGGUCCACCUUUAGGCUCGGCCUUGGAAGCCAAGUAUUAUGAUCUGACGAUGAACGUGCUUUUACCGAUCUCAAUUGCAUUCAGCACGAUGAGAUGUGAUGUAUUGAAGAUCAUAUACGAGUUUGAUGACAUCAGGUACAACAUGUUCUUGAUGGCUCUAACGCUCGUUUUGAAACUGGCCGCUGGCACCGGACCUUGUGUAACACCCGUGUUCCGUGGUUUGGCCGCCGCGGACUAG